CUGCUCCCGCUCUCCAAACACAAACGUAGUUUUUUCCCAGCUUUCAAAAGGGGACUACAACCACCAAACGACACAUCAGACUUAUCAACAAGACUUUUUGAACUUCUGGUUUCAAACAUUUUCUAGUUAAAGGUUGGACUCUAAUUCCUCAAGUUGGACUUCCGUCCGAUUGGGCUCUGCUUGUUUGUAACUUUUCUUAUUUGGGUGUUUCCCCCCCCUUGGCUGUGUGUAUCUGUAACGUAUAAUGGCUCUUGGAGUUCUUAAUUCGCAAGUAAAACAUUCCCUGAGUGGGAGUGUAUUUUUGGACAGCGGUUCUAUAGAGGAACAGGAACCUCCACCUCCACUCCGCAGCUACCUUUGUUUGACUAUUUUCACCUGCUUUUGUCCUGCAUACCCCGUCAACAUUGUGGCCCUGAUCUUCUCCAUCAUGUCUAGGAACAACUAUUACAUGGGUGACUACGAUGGGUCGAGGCGGCUGGGCAGGAACGCUCUCUAUGUCUCGGUUGCCUCCAUCAUCAUCGGCCUUCUCGUCAUCGCUGUCUCCUGCAUCGUUCAUUUCACCAGUGUAAGACACACCCCCGGGGUCGGGCAGUAUGACACUAUAUUCUGUGACUAUUACCAUGUGACUAUUGUAUCUAUAAAACUACAUUUACUGAGAUCCAUACAUGUAGACACACAUAAUGCAAGGUGUUAGUUGUGAUGUUUUUAUUUUAUUUCACGAUGUUAUUGUCAAGACAACGCGAUAACUCUGUAGGCCGAUAUUUAUUGUAAUGAAAUCCUCUUGUAUGCAAAAUAUACAGAGAAAAAAGUAUUUAAAGUAUUUAAAGUACGUCCCUCUCUUUGUGGUGCAAAGCUAUGGAGAGCCAUAGUGUUCAAUAUAAAAUUAAAAUAAAAGACAUAGUUAAUGAAUGAUCAUAUGAAUAGAUUGUGUAGCAUGAUCCAAUAAAAGAAUUGAAGAAAUUAUUAAAACUCAUUAUUAAGAAAUGUUAUUUCAUCAUUCAUUUUCACAAUAAUAGAAUUUAUUGGAUACUAUUUAUUUUAUUAUAAACCAUUUUAUUUCUAAAUGCUCUUUCUCAAAAGUAUGUUUCAUUUCAUUUUCAUGAGACUUGCUUGUAGUCGACGUUUCCCACACACACACACACACACACACACACACACACACACACACACACACACACACACACACACACACACACACACACACUCUCUCUUGGUUAUUUUUGACCAAAACCUCAAGCCACAAGACGGUUUCUUCCCUCCUGCAGCUGCUGGCCUCAUCAACAAGCACCCCCAUUAUCUUUGACUGUUAUCUUUGUCCAUUGCAUAUUCUUAAUUCUAAUACUGUGAAUCUUUGCACAUCCCGCAGAAUAUAUCGUUUGUGCAUUCAUGAAAUCGGUAUGAUGUAGUGAAUUGUUAUUGCUAUAUGUACAUUUUACAAUGACUGUGGGUAUAUUUUACUACAUUUACUGUCCUUUAAUGUGAGAGUUGUUUAAUGUACUUCUGUUUGUG